GACUUAGUAGUUGCAUGUCUUGCAUGUCUUGCAUGUCUAACCCCGGCCAGAUGUGAGGAGCAAACGAUCCCAACGCUGGGUUGAGCCAGCGGGCAUUCACUGUGGCUUCACAACCACCGUCAGCCUUGCUCACAACACAUUCAUUUCUCAUCAUGAAUCUCUACGUCACUCCACGUGACGUCACUCUGUUCUUUGUUGAAAUCCCUCUGGAUCAACGGUGAAGAUGUCCGACUCAACUGUCCCCGACGAGGCCUCCAGCCCUGGGGGAACCCUUGCCUCCUCCAACCCCGGCGGCUCCCUUGCUUCCCAAACCGCGACUGCUCGAGUGCGGCUGAGCGCCAGCAGUGGCUUGAGCCACGCCUCCGCCCACUCGAUCUAUUGUGAUGCCUCUGAUACAGCUCCGGAUCAUCACGAAAUCGAUCCCCCCGGUGAGGAACGCAGCCACUUCAGCGACGACAGUAGCGACGACAUGAUGGAGGACUAUGAUGUGGUCAGCGGCGCCAGCUCUCCCAGCUCCGUUUCCUUUCAACUCGUCGAGCCCGAAAGGGAGAAGCUCUAUCAUCCGAUUGCCGUCACCAUGUUCGUGGGGAACCCGCGCCCUCAGGCGGACCGACCUAUUCACCUCAGCUGCAUCGUCCUCUCGUCGCAGUGGCGCCAGGACUUCUUUCCCGGUUCCUGCCGCAACAAAGCCGACAAAGCAGCCAAAUGCAAGGACAUUGUCCGGUACAACGAGCAGUACCUCUCUCAGAUCGCCAAAUAUGCUUGUGCCGUGUGUCCGAAGCCGACCCCCGCGCGCCAGUUCGUGCACCAGCCGAUCAUGUUUACGCGGACCAGCAAAUCCGGCCUGGAGGACGGACCCCGCCGACGUCUGAUCAUGCGACUGGGGCAGCUGGUUCACUGUCGGUGGAAAUUUCCUGACAUGAACGCGACGUUGGGAGGGGCGGCCGAAGCGCAGGUCUUUGAAGUUGCAGUUCCGAUUUGCAGCAAGACCAGUUGCAGUGUGACGGCUCGGACUGCUGCCCAUCGGUUCAUCAGUUCAUUGAUUCCGACGAUUGCCGAGUUGGACCUUGCGACGUUGGACCUAGAGAUGGUUAUUCCUACGGAUGGCACUGGGAGCAGUGAAUGGACGCCGGAUGGAGCGGAGGUAUUGGUGAGAAAGCUGGGGCCGGACUGUGUGGCGUUGGAAUGACGACCAGUUGAUGAACUGAUGCCAAGUGCUGGAUAUUAAGUCAGGCUGUGAUAUAACCAGUCUACCGGAUACCACAAGCAUCGACUUGCUCGACUACUGCAUACUAUGGCAUGAUCAUCCCAUUAGAGUAAAACUACACACAGUAUACACCACUCCACCUUCUACCCAACCCCAACCCCAUCACAACCACCUAUACUACCCCCCAACCCUCCAGUCCAGACUAUAACCAGGCUCCCGCCUCGACGAUCCCCUUAAUCUACCACCCGCAGUGGAUCCUCAACCUCAAACAA